UGUGUCUGUUUAAUGCCAGGUGAUUGAAUGUGCUGUACGCGGAGGAACUAAUAUGAGAGGGAUGCCUUCCUGGAGGUAGCGCUCUGUGAUCCAUUCAGGGAGAAGGGUUUUGGGGAUGCUGUGGCUGAACUCCGACCUUUAGUGAAAGUGUCAGCGAAGAAAUUCAGGACAAACAAAGAAAAAAGCAACAAAUACGGACGUGUAUUCCCCUACGUUUGUUGUCGCGGACCAACUGACCUAAGUGUCUGCUUUGUGUUGACACCAUGGACAUCAACCUUCAGUCGCAGCGGUUUUACUUCCCCCAGAUCUACUGUGUGGAACCGGGGGCUCAGCCGCCUCAGAUGCCUCAGCCGCCUCAGAUGCCUCAGCUCACUGAGUUCAAAGUCAGUGAGCAGAGUAUCUGCCAGGCGCGGGCCUCCGUCAUGGUCUAUGAUGACACCAGUAAGAAGUGGGUGCCCAUCAAGCCUGGACAGCAGGGAUUCAGCCGCAUCAACAUCUACCACAACACUGCCAACAACACCUUCAGAGUGGUGGGCGUCAAACUGCAGGACCAACAGGUGGUUAUAAACUACUCCAUAGUGAAGGGCCUCAAGUACAACCAGGCCACCCCCACCUUCCACCAGUGGCGGGACGCCCGGCAGGUCUAUGGCCUCAACUUCGCCAGCAAGGAGGAGGCCACCACCUUCUCCAACGCCAUGCUCUUUGCCCUCAACGUCCUCAGCGCUCAGGAUGGAGGUCCAGCUGUCCAGCGCCAAGUCCAGAAUGGACCCACUUCAGAUGAGAUGGAAGCUCAGAGAGCAAGGCAGAUGAUAGAGCAGCAGCAGCAAUUGCAGGCACAUUUGGAACGGGAGCGAAGGACGUCCAACUCAGGUUCUCCUUUCCAAGGCCACCCUGCUGUUCUCGCCGUGGCCCCUCCAGUAAUGCCUCCCCCCAUGAACAUGGGUGGCCCUCCUCCCCCUCCACCUCCACCAGGACCUCCACCACCUUCAGCAGGGGCCCCAGCACCUCCUCUCCCACCUCCACUACCCAUGUGCGGUGGGAGCGACGCGGAUGAGCCCCCCGCCCAGACAGGUCUCGCAGCUAUGAUCGCCGGAGCCAAACUGCGCCGCGUUCAAAGACCCCAAGACGAAAGCUCCCCAGCCGGCAAAAACGAUGCCAACCGAACAAGCGGAGGAAGCGGAGGAAGCGGAGGAAGCGGAGGAAGUGGAGGAAGUGGAGGGAGCGGAGGAAGCGGAGGACUGAUGGAGGAGAUGAAUGCUCUGUUGGCGCGAAGAAGGAAAGCGGCCUCCGAGCGGCCCGAGGACAGCCAAAAUGAUGACGGAAAUUCUUCGUCACCCAACACCAGGGGUGGACAGAACUCCACAGAUGGUGCAAAGAAGCCGUGGGACAGAGCUAACUCUGCAGACAGGUCGAUGGUUUCCAGGGUACGACCCGGGGGGGGUGGCAGCGACGCAGACUCGAUAGACAUGGAUAGAAUGAAACAGGAAAUCUUGGAUGACGUGUUUCGUGAAUUGCACAAAGUGAAGGAGGAAAUCAUCGAUGCCAUUAGAAAUGAACUCAGUCGAAUUAGCACGACAUAAUCUUUCAGAGCCCCCCCCCCCAGACAUGAAACCCCCUUUUUGAACCUCGCCCCUGCAGCUGCUGCUGUGGCCCUGAGAAGGAGGAGAAGAAGGAGGCCCAAACUGUGACAUCUUCUCAUCCUGUUCGACACCUCACACAUGUUUGUGUUACAUUUUGUUUGUUGAUUUGGACGAAAUGGGGCACACUCGCGCACUGAUUCCUCUGAUUUUCUCACAUCUGUCUGUUUGUUAUCCCAGUUCGCCCCCUCUGUCCUCUGCCGGAAAGAAAAUUGAUCAAAUUGAUAUGAUUUAGUUUUUUUGUUUUUUUUCACAAGUUUGUAUUAAACUUUAAAAUAUAUAUAUUAUUACUAUCAUUUUCAUUAUUAUUACUAUCAUUUUUAUGAUUGUCAAUGUAAUGUUAAUAUGAAUAGUAGUAGAGUAGUGAGUACAAUGGUAAUAAUGAGGAAAUGAUCAUGAGAAUUUGAUAGUAAUGAUAAUGUUGAUAAUUAUAAUUGCACAUCAUUUUAUGUCAGCCUUUUGUAUUUUAUAUUGUUUGUUUUCAUUUUGUUUAUUUGUUUUUGUUCAAACCACAUCUAAAAAUAAUUAUAUUCAUCUAACCCGGAAUUUUAAAACGUUUUGCUAUCCUUUUCACCAACACAGCUAAGUGUGGAACCACGGCAGAAAAAAACAGGCUUUAACCUGAAAUGGAGGCUGAAAAAAACUUCUUUGGAUAUUGCAAUCUUAUAAACAAAAAAAAAAUUAAGAAAUAAUACACCAGAGUAUUUGUGAUCAUGUUGUUAAUAAAAUGUUUAUUGGCUGCAAGGAUAUGGUGAAGUAUUGUUCAUUUUAUUCUCUCUUUUUAUGACAAAGUGCUUCCUGGUUUGACAACGCAAAAAAAAAGAAACGCACUAAGUUUAAAAUGAAUUCAAAUAAAAACUGUGAACAAUGUCUUGGAUAAAUGAGGUCGUCUCUUUCCUUUUGAAUUUGUUUGGGUGCUAUUUUUGUGCCGGUCUGGUGAUUUAGUCUCACACUUUUUUUUCCCCCCAACACAGAAACGUGCUUAUGAAAAGGUGCCAUAAAUUACAGCCGGUGCAGAAUAGAGCAGUGUGAAAAAUCGGAGGUGUUACUGUCCAACCAUAUUGUGUUGUUCAAGUGUUGCAGGAUAUAAAUACAUAAAGUAGGAUACUGUUAUAGUGUCCUGCAA